UGAAUUUUCAGUGGUAGCUUAGGUCUACUAGUUAGUACAUCGCGUGAUCGGCUGUUCCAGCUGAGCAAGGCCAUUUAUUUUCAUUUCCAGCCAAACGCCGUGGUAGGACAUAGGACUAAUGCCAUGGAUAUUUGGCAAAUCUCGGGAUAUGCAGAUUUUUUAAACCAUUUUUCGUCAUUUAUCCCGGACAUCUCCAGAAGUGGAACAUCGACAGAAACCAAAGAAACCAAAGAAUCUUGCGACCUCAUCCGAAAUAAGCUUCAGGAAUGUGACGACAAACUGCAGUAUAUGCAUAUGCAAUUAUGGUGGUGCUAUUCGCUCAUUGCAUUUUUAGUCAUAGUGAUAUUUAUUGCAAUGGUCUUAGCAUACUUGCUAAAAAUCCAACCCUGCAAUGCCAAGAAAACCUGGCGACCGCAAGUGACCGAGAGACCAACGUUCGCUGUCGUUCCACGGACUUUACAUUAUGAGGUCCCAGACCGCCCAAUAGACACCUGCGACCUUGCUUGCAUAUGCCAGUCCCGCGAAACCAAGGAUCGUGUAAAAACUACACUUCUUCCCCAAAUUAUAGAGAGGUUGCCCUCUUUGACAUCCAAGACCAUCAUAACUACCAAAGUAAUGGUAGAAGAAGCCCACCUCAUUCCAAGAGCAAUGGUCUACCUCGUGUUUAUUGACUGGAAUACACGUGGUAUUAUAAUAGAGAGCCCAAAUGAUCCACUACAAGGAAGUCUAGGAAGACGGAUAGUGGAGGCUGUGAAAACUAGAGGAGGGCACCUUUUUGUAAUUUACAUCGGCCAUCGUGAAUCUCGCACUCUGGACACCCUUUAUGACGAACGAAUCCAAACAACGAGGACUAAUGAUCAUUUGCGGCCUCUCGCGUCCAGCGACAGGUUCAUCAGCAUGCACAGACAAUUUAAUGAACUUCAGCUAGAAACGCUCUGCCAAGUGUUCAAAGAUACAUUCAUUCUGUAAAAGAGAAUGUUAUUGAACUUGUAGGCAUUGUUAUAAUAUAUUGAAUUAAUUGUAUGCAGAAAAGAAUCUGUAUGCUUUAUAGACACACCCAAAUAAUAAUAAUAAUAAACUUUAUUUAAAGAAGGUAAAACAUGUU